AUGAAUUUAGCUCGACAUUCUAUCACUGCUACAAGCCCAAUACACAUAUACGAUGCUCGUUUCGACGCAGACUGUCAGAUAUUCACCACUUGCACCCCUGCAGGCUUCGCAGUUUAUCGAGCAUGGCCGAUGACUCUUCUUCGGAAACGUGAGCUUUCAGGAGGUACGCUCGCCGCCGCCGUUCCUAUGCAUACAUCGUCUCUUCUAUUCCUCGUCGGUGGCGGACGAAGCCCUCUGUUCCCUCCGAAUAAGGUCAUUUUUUGGGACGACGCCAUCGGUAGCGAAAUAGCAGAACUCGAAUUCAGGGAAAGGGUUAGAGGAAUUGCCUGUCGACGCGGUUGGCUUGCUGUUGCUCUGAAGAGAAGGGUCGUUGUAUUUGAGGUUAAUGAACAGGUCACACGAUUCGCAGAAUGGGAUACCUGUGACAAUCCUCGAGGACUAGUCAGUGUUGCCACGGGUCCGUAUUCUACACUCCUUGCAAUACCGGGACGACAAAUGGGCCAUGUACAGCUUAUACAUCUACCUCCUUGCUCUCCUCCGAAAGCAAGAGGCCCACCGCCCUCUGGUCCUCCGUCGAAGCCUCCUCCACCUCCCAGCAAACACCCAGUUUCCAUAAUCAUUGCCCAUAACACUGCUCUCACUACAGUUUCAUUACCGCCAUCUGGCCGCUUACUUGCCACUACAUCAUCUAGAGGAACCCUUGUACGAAUCUGGGACACCCUCACUGGCCAUCGAGUGCACGAAUUCAGGAGGGGAACCGAUAAAGCCAUCAUUUAUGGGGUAGCUUUUAGACCAGACGAGGCCGAGCUUUGUGUUUGGAGCGAUAAGGGAACGGUGCAUGUCUUCACUCUCGUUGGAUCGAAUACUUCAAAUCGACAGUCCUCGAUCUCACAGCUUGCACCCUAUCUACCCAUUCCGAAGUAUUUUGAAUCAGAAUGGUCGUACGCACAGUAUCGGAUACCGACGCAGUCUUCACAUAUCUCCCUCACCUCAACGACCCGCUCACCCACUGAGGACAUUCCAGACGAAGAACGAUGCGUUGUUGGUUGGGUAAGGAUACCAGUUGACAAUACGCCGGACGCAGCCAUGGAAUACCAACUUGUUGCCCUCACAUACGUUGGAGGCUGGUAUCGAUUGGCACUCCCGAACGCUGCAUCCAGCUCUACCUCGAAUGAAGGUGGAAAACCAGCGAAAGCCCCGUUAACCCAACACAUGUCAAGCAGAUCGUCGGCCGCAGCGAGCAGUAAGCAGCCAAGGUCGAGCAAAGGAAAAGAGAAAGACAGAGAGAAAGAUAACAAGGCUAAUCAAUGUACGCUACAGGAAUACCGUCGAUUUGGGCGAUGGGAUGGGUGGGGUUGA